UGCGCUUACCUACAAUUAGUAUCUUAUUAAUCAUCAGUGAAAAUGGAUCGUUGGAUAGGAAAAUAUGCAAUCGUCACUGGAGUUAGCUCCGGAAUUGGCGAAUCUAUUGCCAGAGAAUUAGUUGCCGCGGGGGUGAAUGUUCUUGGACUAGCGCGCCGCGAAAAUAGGCUCCAAGAUUUGGCGGAAAAUUUGAAAAAUUCAAAAGGCGCAUUUCAUUAUUUGAAAUGCGACUUGCGAAAUGAGCAAGACAUUCUAGAUGCCUUUGCAUUCGCAGAAAAAAGUUUUGGGCGCGUUGAUAUUUUGAUAAACAAUGCGGGUCUCGUCUUUGAGAGUACACUUGCAAAUGCAAAGACGGAUAAUUAUCGUGCACUUUUGGACGUAAAUCUUCUCGCGCCCGCUCUUUGCAUCAGAGAAGCUCUAAAAUUAAUGCGCAAAUACAAAACUCAGGGACAUAUUGUCAAUAUUAACAGUAUUACUGGUCUCAAUGCAACAGUAAUUACUGGACCAAUAAAUUUGUAUCCCGCAAGUAAAUUCGCUUUACGUGCAAUUACUGAGACAUUAAAACAAGAAAUACACACAAAGAAAGACAAAAUACGUGUUACCGGAAUCCAUCCGGGCUUAGUUCAGACGGAAAUAUGUGAUACAUCAGAAACACUUCAGAAAGGAUUCAGUUUAUUACCGGCUUUGGACAGCAAGGACGUAACCGACUGUGUUAUAUUUGCGCUAUCAGUUCCGCCUCAUGUUCAAUCCGCGAGAAUGGAUCGUUGGGCAGGAAAGUUCGCCAUAGUAACGGGAGUCAGCUCCGGAAUUGGCGAAGUCCUCGCUAAGGAACUUGUUACUCUGGGUGUUAAUGUUCUCGGGCUUGCGCGUCGUGAAAAUCGGCUCCAGGAGUUAUCAAAGAGUUUGAAAAAUUCAAAAGGCGCGUUUCAUUAUUUGAAGUGUGACUUGCGAAACGAACAAGAUAUUCUAAAUGCUUUUGCGUUUGCAGAGAAAAAUUUCGGGCGCGUUGAUAUUUUAGUUAAUAACGCGGCUAUUCUCACUCAUGACACUUUUGAAAACGCAAAAACAGAAGAUUAUCGUGCACUUUUGGAUAUUAAUGUACUCGCGCCUGCUCUUUGUAUCAGAGAGGCUUUAAAAUCAAUGCGGAAACACAAAAACGAGGGACAUAUUAUCAAUAUCAACAGUGUUGCGGGUCAUAAUGCAGCAAUAUCACCAGUACCAGUAAAUUUGUAUCCCGCAAGUAAAUUUGCUCUGCGCGCAAUGACUGAGACAUUGAAAUUGGAAAUAAAAACAAACAAUGACAAAAUACGAAUUACCGGAAUUCAUCCGGGAUUAGUUAAAACGGAAAUAAUAAAUGCAAUUGACGGAAUCAGUGAAAUAUUAAAAGUGAUGCCUUAUUUAGAAAGUAAAGACGUUGUCGACUGUGUUAUCUUCGCGCUUUCAGCGCCACCUCAUGUGCAAAUUGACGAGCUGACUGUCACUGCGUACACAAACAAAGCAUAAAAUUGGCGGAUUUUAUAAGAACAUAUAUACAUUUUUAUACCAUGUGAUUAAAUAAUUAAAAUUAAAUGGAUUGUACUUGUAAUUUUAUGUUCUGAUAAGUAUUAAAAAUUUUAUUUGAAUUAUGAA